AUGAAUUCACACUCCAUACACAAUUUUGAGUUUGUUCGCACAGAACCCACGACUUCCCAAAUCCUCUUUGAAAUUCUCCUCCCUGAUUGCGAUAAUGCCAUCUUAAAAAUCACCACCAAGGAAGCCUCAAAUUUCAUCUUCUACACAUAUGUCCUCUCGUCCAUUUAUCUCCUCUACAGUUUCCAGAAAGCUAUCAUCCACCAUCACGGAACUUUCUCCAAUCAAUCUCUCCCAAUAAUUGCGAGUCAUUUAUCGAGUAUCAACCAUGCCGCAAUUUACCUACAUUGUGUAUGGGACAAUCUUUUUCGAUACCUUUUCAACACUCUUCUCGGUCUUCCGUAUGGAACGUCAUUCUUUUACCCCACUCCUCAAUGCUUGAUAGAGGUCUUCCUGCUCAUUUCUAUCUAUCAUCCGACAUCUGAAGGCCUUAACUUCUGGACAAAACACCUCUCGUUCUCGCCAUUGAAUUGGCUCACAGCAAGAGCGAUGGCGCAUGUCGACGGAACACUUAAUAGACAAAGAGCCAAGGCAAAUGAAUGUGUUAAAAGGGCAUGUCAGAAUGGGGAUCUAGAUAAUCAGGUAUCUCACAUACCUGAACCUCUAGAGUUGCAACUUGAAGAUAAUUUGGGAGUUGAAGGCAGAGAUGACGAAUACCAAGCUCUUUUUUCGGAUAUCAGCGAUGUUGUUGAAGACCUUGAAAAUAUCAUCUCGCAAAUUGGAGACUCUGGUGUCGCUAACGCUCAUGACCUUGAUACUUUAUGGGGCUUGAUAGAGAGGAGUAAAUGGGGCGUUGAAAGUGAAGGUGUCAAAGAAAUACACGGUGAUAAAAUCGACGAAGAAGAAUGGAGCAUCCUUGGGGAGAGUGUUGUUCUGCAAGGAUUAGUGAAUAGUUCAGGGUUUAAAAUCAAGGGAGUAUCACAAUUGGAGCUUUAUCGUCUAGAAGUGGCAAUAGAGCACAAUAGAGCAAGAUACAAGGCUCCAAUUACAUCAACUCAAGAAAACAUAAUACUGGAACAUGAUUCCGUUUCUUCGACCAAUGCUAGAGAUUCAAGAUAUCCGAAGGCUACGCUCAAGGUUCAUAACACCCAUGAAGUGGUUUCUUUGGUUGAAAAUCUGUCUUACCAGUCCACCAUUCUGAAAUUGGUUUCUCUUUCAAGAUGGCAAUCAAGAAGGACUGUGGCGCAGCUUCUUCAUUGUAUUCAGUGCUUGAGACCAACGACCAUCGUCAAUCUUAGGUCAAUUAAGCCUUCCCAUCACGCUUUGAACUCGUUCUCGAUUUCAAAGAUCUUCCAAGAUGAGACUCAGGACCUUGCCGUUGUUGAGACAAAGAUGUGGCCGAUGAGCAUCAAGCGUCUGUAUGUAAAAGAGGCUGAGCGUGUGAAGAAGAAAGUUGUAGAGCGGCAAGAUUGCAUUCAUAACGACUGGGAAGAAAUCUGUAGAGGAAAGCACUUCUCAAGUUCCUGCUGA